CCCCAGCUUUCCCAAGAAAAAGUCUGACCAGAGCAGGACCAAAAAGAGACACUUGAAGUGUAAGAAGAAGGCUAGCUACAAGCCUAGGAGAAGAAUGGAUAAGCUAGAUAUCCAUGUGUACAACCUGGAUUUCCCCCAGAUUAGGAGGGAUAGGAAGAACCCUGUGUUUAAAGCGAAGCUGAGACAGAUGUUUAUUGAUUAUGUGAAGAAGUAUUUAGGGGUUCCGUAUACGAGGAGGAAAUAUGUUGAUACGGAAAACGAGUAUUAUUAUCCGAUAUAUUUGGACUGAUGAGGGCUUGUUAGGAGGGUACUGAUUGAUCUGAGUGAUCUCUUCGGCUUCAGGAUAGGGUAGGUUUUUGAAUUUCAUAUUUUUGAUAUGUUUGAGCUUUAUUUGGGGAUGGGAAAAUUUGACUUUUUGGAUAGAGGAGGAAAUCAAGGCUAUCAAAUUGAUACACUUCCAAUCGUACUAAAACCUCACGAGAUGAAGCCAGGAGAUUUGGUAUUUUACUCAGGAAUUUACAACAAUGAGAACAAGAGAGUCUCAAAGCACAACAUGACACAUGUUGAGAUGUUCACUGGAGGUGAAACUGGAACCCAGUCCAUAGGUGCUAGAGGAAAGAAGAAGGUUGUGAAUUAUUACGACUCUUUCAAGUUUGUCUCAAGAAGUUACCACAGCAUAAAAUGGCACUACAGAUCCAUCGACACUUGGCUUGAGGGAAGUUGCAAGAGUAUUUGUCCAAAGCAUAAAUGGAAACGAGGAAAAAGGAAGCCAAAUUAUUCAACUGCUAAUAUUAUAAAGCAUAAGAAGAUGAAGCAAAGGGUCAAAUACAUGGAACAUUUGAAACAGAAUAAGAAAGUUAUUCCAAAGGCCAUAACUGCUUUUGUCAAUAAGGUUUAUUGAUGCCCAGAGUUUGAGAGUGUACUAGAAAACUGUAAUAUCAAGAUCCUCACUUCAGAGGCUCUAGAACCAAACCAGUGGAAUGAUGAAGCAAGAUUUGCUUUUGUAUCAAAGCUCAAAGAAGUAGACUAUGCUCGAUAUAUAAAUGACUUCCAUUUUGUCAACCAUAUUCAAACAAGGUACAAGCCUUGCUCUCCAAAGGGCUUUCUCAAGUUAAUAGAGCAUUGCAAAACCUCUAUGAAGUGUGGAGUAAUAAAACCGAUUGAUGAUUACGAGGAUGCUUUUAUUGAGGGGUAUUGCCUCGACAAUGUUUCAGAUUUAUGGACCUUCCUGAAUUGUUCGAAUGAAGGAAUGUGGGUCGUAAAGAAAUGACUAGGAGCUCAUAAAAGGAUCUCCUAUAAGAACAUCGUUACCAACUUGAUGGCUUACAAGGAGACUUUACUCUCAAUGGACCCUGAAGAAGACUACUGGCUCAAAGAGGGAAAUAUUGAGGAUGAUGAUUUCUCAAUCUCAGAUAUUGAGGAAGAGGAAGAUGAGGAUACCAGCUCCUCUAAUCUCAACUCUAAUUCUGACCAGGAUGAUAUCGAAGAUGAUGUAUCAGAGUCUGACCAUGACGACUCAGAUCAAGAUCAGUCAGAUGAGCCAGAAGAGACUAAAAAUGAAACCAUGGAUGUGAAAGUAAACGAUGCUGAGAAAAUGAACCCUAACUUACCCAGAAUGUACAAGAGAAAUAAAAGAUUGCUUAAAAAUAUUGCUACCGAGCUGAGAAAUAGAACUAUAUUCAAGCAAGUUGUCGAAUAUAGGCCAAAGAAGUCAUUCAGAAAGUCGAGCUCUAUGCCGAGAUUUAUGAAAACAAGUAGAGGCAGAGAGGAGUCUAAAAAGAAUGACAAUAAUAACCUCCUAAUUGAUGAGACUAAAUUGAUAACAUAUCAUACUGUGACGACAAUAUGCAGAGGACAUUUUGUUUCAUUAAUUAACUCCCAUGAAGCAGAAAAGCAUCUGAAAAGGCUCAAGGUAGACUCUUACAAAUCUAGAAGACAAUGCUCUACGCGCCCGAACAGCUCUAGUUCUUAUAGAGAGUCUUCUGAGGAAGAAAAGGGAAGCAGUGAUGACUCUUUAGGACUUUUUAAUAAGCCUAGAUCGAUAAUUUUAAAUGAAAGAAUGAAGGAUAUUGUAAAAGUUCUUCUACAUGAAAUGUCCUUUCACAUGAACAGCAAAAUUAGAGGAUGUUUUGAGAUGCUCAGGUUCAACUUCGUCAUUGACUCAAACCUAAAUCCUGUUCUUAAGGGCAUAUCUUCUAAUCUGAAUGAUGAGAGACUUUCUACUGACUACAGCAAACAGGUUAUCGAAAGCAGCAUAAAUUUUGUAUUCAAGCUGUCUAAAAGAGAAAGAGCCAAGACCAAGGAAAAUAUAUCAAAGCUAAUUCUAGAAGUAAUGAAUAGCGCAGGAAUACAUAAAGACUUCAGAUUCUUAUCAAAACAUUAGUAUAAGAAGUUUAUAAAUGA